AUGGCUACUGGAAAUAUCUCUUUUGUGACUGAAUUUAUACUGGUGGGAUUAACAGAGCACCCAGAUCUCCAGCUUCUACUGUUCUUCCUCUUUCUAGCAACCUAUGUGUUCACCAUCCUGGGAAAUUUGGGGUUGAUAAUUCUGAUUGGGCUGAAUUCUCACCUUCACACCCCCAUGUACUUCUUCCUCUUUAACUUGUCCUGCUUAGACUUCUGUUAUCCAUCUGUUUUUACACCCAAAAUGCUGAUCAACUUCAUAUCAAAGAAGAGUAUUAUCUCCUACUGGGGUUGCAUGACACAGUUCUUCUUUUUCUGCAUUCUUGCCAUCUCUGAGUGCUACGUGCUGACAUCAAUGGCCUAUGAUCGCUAUGUGGCCAUCUGUAACCCACUCUUGUAUAACAUUGCCAUGUCCCCUAAAGUGUGUGUCAACCUUAUUCUUGGUUCAUACUUGAUGGCAUUUUCUUGUGCUAUGGCCCACACUGGAUGCAUGCUGAGACUGACCUUCUGUGAUGUCAACAUCAUCAACCAUUUUUUCUGUGACAUCCUCCCUGUGCUCCAGCUCUCCUGCACAAGCACCUAUGUCAAUGAGCUGGUGGUGUUCGUUGUGUCGGGCAUCAACCUCAUUGUGCCCAGUCUCACCAUCUUUCUGUCUUAUGGUUUCAUUCUCUGCAGCAUUUUCCACAUCGAUUCCAUUGAGGGCAGGCUCAAAGCCUUCAGGACAUGCAGUUCCCACAUAAUAGCUGUUUCUGUUUUCUUUGGAUCAUUGUCAUUUAUGUAUCUCCAGCCAUCCUCUAUUGGGUCUGUGAAUGGGGGAAAAAUAUCUUCUGUCUUUUACACCAAUGUGGUUCCCAUGAUGAACCCCUUAGUCUACAGCUUGAGGAAUAAAGAUGUUAUACUUGCCCUUAGAAAGACCUUAAGGAGACUGUUUCGAUCAUAA